GCUCACAGUAAACACCCCUCGUGACCGAGCCCCCGAAGAUACUGGAACAGACUGGGAGCGAAGGAGAGAUGAUGGGAGAAUCUGGAAACAGUACAGACUUAAGACGAUGUGACGUUUAAAACCAUAGCAUAUUGUGUGCGAGACUAAUUAUUUAGCAAAAACCCCAUAGCCGCUUGCCUCGUGUUCCGUGGAGGAACAGACAGAUGCCGACGGAAGAUGCUGCGCUUCUGAAGACAGAGAGUGGGAAAGAAUGGGUGCAGGGAUGCUGACAACACAAAUACAUGGCUGCACGUGAAGAACCCUGAGAGUGCAUGAAAAAGAUUCCAUCUGAUCAUCUGAUAUAAACCGGAGAACCGACGCUGUUAUUUUGACCGACAUGUUCUGAGCGGAGGGAACAGCGGCGAGAUGAAGGCGGCGGUGAGACCUAAGCGCACGAGGCUCUUCUGGCGGUUCGGUGUCUGUGGAGUAGUGAUGAUCACCGCCACCUGGCUCAUGCAGCUCCUAGACGUAACAGACUCUCCCAGCCCCAGGGAUGUUGUUGGUGACUUCCCCUGGUCUAAGAGAGAACUAAUGCAGGAGAGAGAAGAGGAGAACCACACCUCCUACACUCCUACAACGCCCAGAGCUGCAAUGCACGAGUUUCCAGCAGACAUCUUCUCUCCAGAGCAGAGGAGAAAGGGAGCAGUUCUUCUCCAUGUAGUCUGUGCGAUCUACAUGUUCUAUGCCCUGGCUAUAGUCUGUGAUGUCUAUUUUGUUCCAUCACUGGAGAAGAUAUCAGAGAAUCUUCAACUUAGUGAGGAUGUUGCCGGGGCAACGUUCAUGGCGGCUGGAAGCUCCGCCCCUGAGCUCUUCACCUCCUUGAUUGGUGUCUUCAUCACUAAAGGUGACCUGGGUGUAGGGACCAUCGUGGGAUCGGCUGUCUUCAACAUCCUCGUCAUCAUCGGCAUCUGUGGGAUCUUUGCCGGACAGCCUAUCUCUCUGAGCUGGUGGCCACUGCUCCGUGAUUCUCUCUACUACAUCCUGUCUAUACUGAUGCUGAUUGUGGUGAUCUAUGAUGACAAAGUGAUUUGGUGGGAGACCAUCAUACUGAUCUCCAUGUAUCUAGUCUACAUUAUCAUCAUGAAGUUCAACAGACCCCUGUCAGGCUGGGUGGAGAGGCACUGUGGUCGAGGGGGCCAGCCCUGCUUCAGUACCCUGAGACGGACCACCGCAGUGGGGCAUGGAGGAGUCGACUGUGACACUGACAUGGUGCUGCUGAAGAGAGACUCGUGUGCAGGGCAGGACUCUGCUGUAGUGAUGGUGGAUGAGAUGAUGAGUCUGCACCCUCACCAGCUGACCUUCUCUGAGGCAAGCCUCCAUCUCCUGAUCACCCCACAUUUCCCCCCCUACACACGGCUCCGCAUGGCAGGACGCAUGGUCAUCAAUGAGAGGCAGAGGUUGAGCCGGGCUCGGGGCCAGGAGGAGAACGGUGGAGCAGGGGAGGAGGGGGGAGAUGGGGCCACAUGGGGAAUAGGGAACAGUGGGGAGGAGAGGGGAGAUGGGGGGGCAUCAUGGGGAGUAGAGAACGGUGGGGCGGGGGACAGUGAGAGGCAGCCACUGGAGGGGGACGGAGACAGGGAUGGGGGGCCGGAGGGGAACAAAGGGGGGUUACAGCCCCAAGAGGAGGAGCUGGAGGAAGAAGAGGAGGUCUCAUUCAGUCCCUUCAUAGUGCCAGGAGGGCACUGUGAGCGUGUGCGCUGGCUGGUGUCAUGGCCUCUAUGCUUGCUGCUCUGCUGCACCAUACCCAACUGUGUCCUGCCUCGCUGGAGCCGCUGGUACCUCCUGACCUUCCUGGCCUCCACACUCUGGAUCGCACUCUUCUCCUACCUCAUGGUCUGGAUGGUGACCGUUAUCAGUUUCACGCUGGGCAUCCCUGAGGUGGUGAUGGGCAUCACCUUCCUGGCAGCUGGCACCAGCGUACCGGACUGUAUGGCCAGCCUCAUCGUAGCUCGACAAGGUAUGGGGGACAUGGCUGUCUCUAACUCCAUUGGCAGUAAUAUCUUCGAUGUGCUUCUGGGACUUGGGUUCCCUUGGUUCCUGCGCACUCUGGUGGUCGACUACGGAUCAGUGGUGUUCAUCAACAGUAAAGGCCUGGUGUAUUCAGUUGUUCUGCUGUUGGGUUCAGUGUUCCUCACUGUCCUGAGUGUUCACCUGAACCGUUGGUGGUUGGACCGCAGACUGGGUCUCUGUCUCAUGAUGUUCUACGCCAUCUUCCUACUCUGCUCGGUCAGCUUACAGCGACUGUAGGCCAGGUUCACACAUUUUAGUAUGAUUAUAAUGAGACUAUUUGUCCUCAUGUUUUUACUUGUUGACAUUAUUGCUCAGUUGUAUGUGAACGGGUAUUUAGUUAGGGUUCAUUUGCAUUUCUGAGACAUAUGAGUAUUGUUAUAUUGAUGGGAAACCUCACAUUUGAUCUUUGAUCAAUGUUUCAAACUGGAUCUUUUACAUAGUUUUAUACAGAGCAACUAGAAUAAUGUGUGAUAUCCCAAGAUGACCAGUUGAGAACAUGCACUUCGCACAAUGAAUUUAUAAUGUAUUGAAUUUGUAUCCAUCUACAGUUUACAGUUACGUGAUGACAAUGAGGAGUCAUUCUUUAAAGUGUUAAAGGCCCAGUGCAGUCAAACUUUAUUUUCCUGUUUUAUAUAUUUCCACUAUGAAAUGUAUGAUAAUGCCCUUUUAGUGUAAGAGCUGUUUGAAAAGACGGUGGGAUGGAGUUUUGGACUGCCUGGUAACAUCAC